AGACACCACAGAACCAUGCAUCAAGGAAACCAAACUACUGUCUCUGAAUUCUUACUCCUGGGACUCACAGUGGGUUCUGAACAGCAGCAACUCAUCUUUGUGCUAUUUCUUUGCAUGUAUCUUGUCGCCAUUGUAGGAAACUUGCUUAUCAUCCUUGCUAUUAUCAGUGAUGUGCAUCUCCAUGGCCCCAUGUACUUCUUCCUUGCUAAUUUAUCCUUCACUGACAUCUGUUUCACAACCACUACAGUCCCAAAAAUGUUGGUAGACAUUCAAAGCCAGAGCUCAACCAUCUCUUUUGCAGAAUGUCUUACACAAAUGUAUUUUUUUAUGUUCCUGGUAGACCUGGACAAUUUUCUCUUGGCAGCUAUGGCAUAUGACCGAUAUAUUGCCAUCUGUCGCCCAUUGCACUAUGCUGCCUUACUGAGUCCCAAGUGUUGUGCACUGUUGGUUGUGAUUCCAUGGAUUAUCUCCAAUCUUGUCUCAGUGCUGCAUCUCAGUCUACUGAGCCAUUUGACUUUCUGUGAUCAGAGAGCAAUCCCACACUUCUUCUGUGACCUGGAGCCCAUUUUAAGACUUGCUUGCUCAAACACCCAAGUCAACAACUUGAUAAUCCUAGCCAUUGGGGGAACAGUUAUCUUUGUCCCCUUUACCUUCAUUCUUGUCUCCUAUGCCCUUAUUGGCAGCAUUGUACACAGGAUUCCAUCAGCCAAGGGAAAGUGGAAAACAUUCUCUACAUGUGGCUCCCAUCUCUCAGCUGUGUCCCUAUUCUAUGGAUCCAUCAUUGGUGUCUACUUUCUCCCUUCUUCUGCCUAUUCAGCAGAAAGGGAUAAAGUAGCUGCUGUUAUGUAUACAAUUGUGACCCCCAUGAUGAACCCCUUUAUCUACAGUCUAAGAAAUAAGGAUAUGAAAGGAGCACUGAAGGGACUACUCAGCAGAAAAAUAUUUUUCUGGAAAAGAUGA